AUGGUGAAGAUCUACAAGCCCGGAAAAGUUGCCAUCGUGCUGCAGGGCCGCCAGGCCGGCAAGAAGGUCGUCGUGAUCAAGCAGAACGACGAGGGUACGAAGGAGCGGCCCUACCCGCACGCCGUCGUCGCCGGCAUCGAGCGCUACCCCCGCAAGGUCACGAAGCGCAUGGGCACGAAGAAGCUGCAGAGGCGGAGCAAGAUCAAGCCCUUCAUCAAGGUGGUCAACUACUCGCACCUGUUCCCCACCCGUUACGCCCUUGAGCUCGAGGCGCUCAAGGGCUCUGUCUCGACCGACACUUUCCGGGAACCCACGCAGCGCGAGGAGAGCAAGAAGAACAUCAAAAAGCUGUUGGAGGACAGAUACACCAGCGGGAAGAACCGCUGGUUCUUCCAGCCAUUACGGAUCUGCGCAGACUUCACGCACAAGCCCGUUGCGCUCAUACUCCCUGCUCAAUGGGUCGCUGUAUCUUAUGCAGGAAGUACGGGGUUUAAAGCCGAUCCCACUGAGUCGUAA